AACAAACUUGAUAGCAAAUCUGUGCUCUUGGUACAAGACUGGGCAGUGAAGUACAUACCACGGAAAUUCAGAGAAGCCCAGUCUGACUGGUUUCCCAAGCGUGGUCUCCCAUGGCACAUUACGGUUGCUGUUCGGAAAUCACAAGAUAACAAGCACCUUGAGUCUACAACCAUUGUUCAUGUGUUUCAAAGCUGUACACAAGACAGCAGCACGGUGUCUGGCAUAAUGGUAGAUGGUCUUCGUUUGCUGAAAAAGGAAAUGCCUUACCUGGAAAAAGCGUACUAUAAACAAGACAACGCUGGCUGUUAUCAUAGCGGAAAUAACAUUGUAUCUGCUAAGCUGGCUGGUGAUCUAGCUGGCGUGACUAUAAUAAGGAAUGACUUUUCGGAUUCCCAGGAAAGGGGGCGUGCGACCGCCAAGCAGCCACAAUUAAGGGAGCCAUUGGAAGGUAUGUAAAUGAAGGCCAUGAUGUAAACAACGCUUUACAGCUCAAAAAUGGUAUUGAAUCAGGACAAGGACUAACUGGAGUUAAGGUCACCUAUGUUGCUGCUACAACUGCUAGCACACUUUCAUUGAAGUGGGAUGGUAUAAGCCUGCUAAAUAACUUUGAAUACGAAAUGAAUGGUAUUCGAGUAUGGAGAGCAUUCAAUGUUGGUCCAGGCCGGGAGCUACCCGAGUUCCAGACGUUCAAUGUGAAGCGGUUGGUGGGAAGGAAGAUUUGACUGCUCUUCCAACGGGCUGGGCCCUCAAGUCUGCGAAGAAAAAGAAGCGUUUCACAUCAAAGCAGACUGCCUUCUUAACUGAGCAGUUUCAAAUAGGAGGAGUCAGYGGAAGAAAAGUAGACCCCCAAGAAGUUUCCAAGGCAAUGGCUGUAACCCGACGUACCGACGGAGCCCGAUUAUUUCCCCCAGAUGAAGUGCUUACUAAACAGCAAAUAUCCGGUUUCUUUAGUCGCCUCUCUGCAAAGAAGCGUCUCAAUUGCCCAGUUGUAAUGGAAAAUGACGAUGAAGAUAUAUAUGCAGCAGAAACUGAAACACCUUGUGUGCCAAUGUAAUGAUGGCGGUGCAGUUAAGUCACCCGAUUAUUUGCUUCGAUUUCAAUACCUGUGAAAUGGUUCAGAAGAACAAGUUAUCAAAACUAUGUGUAGAGGAGUUGAGGAACGUUUDCAUCGAGCUUGGAGAAGAUGUUGAAGACCUUUCCCAAAGAAGGAAAAAGCCCUACAUUGAACGAAUAAACAAUAUUGUCAAAACCUGUUGUUCAUGUACUGCGUAAAGUCUGCAUUCUAUUCAAUCCGCACAAAGGUGUU